CUGUCAAAUAGACUGGCUGAAGUGAAUCUGUUCACGCUCGAAUACACGCGCUCGUGAAGAGGAGUGCGUCCAAAGUGUACUUAAUUUUUUUUGCAGUUUUUAGAUAAAAAUCGUUGUAUUGUCGCGAUGCUUUGGACGGUUAGCACCUUCGUUAGGAGAUUUUCCACAUCCUCCGCUCGCUAUCAAAAUAAGCUGAGGCUGGCACUGAUUGGUCAGAGCCUGUUUGGACAGGAAGUGUACACAAGCCUCCGGAAGCAGGGUCAUAAGGUGGUGGGCGUGUUCACUGUCCCGGAUAAAGAUGGGAAGGCUGACCCACUGGCUGUGGCUGCGGAAAGAGAUGGCACACCGGUGUUUAAGUUCCCGCGCUGGCGUGUGAAAGGGAAACCAAUCCCAGAGGUGGUGGAUGCCUAUAAGGCUGUGGGCGCAGAACUCAACGUCAUGCCCUUCUGCUCCCAGUUCAUCCCAAUGAAUGUGAUCGAUUAUCCCAAACAAGGCUCCGUUAUUUAUCACCCAUCUCUCCUGCCCAGACACAGAGGAGCUUCUGCCAUCAACUGGACUCUGAUUGAGGGUGAUCAAAAAUGCGGCUUCACUAUUUUCUGGGCUGAUGAUGGUUUGGACACUGGUCCCAUCCUGCUGCAGAAGGAAUGUGCUGUGGAGCCUAACGACACUGUAGACACACUCUACAACCGCUUCCUCUUCCCAGAGGGAAUUAAAGCUAUGGUGGAGGCAGUGCAGCUUAUCGCAGACGGCAAAGCUCCCAGAAUUCCACAGCCUGAGGAGGGAGCAAGCUACGAAGGCAUCCAGAAGAAAUCCAACGCCAAAGUGAACAUGGCUCAGCGUGCUAAUGUUAUUCAUAACUGGAUUCGUGGCCAUGAUAAAGUUCCUGGAGCCUGGGCCGUCAUUGAUGGACAGCCAGUGACGCUCUACGGGUCAUCGAUGAUGAGUGGUCCAGUUCCUUUAGGUCAGCCAGUGGAUGUUGAUGACGCGUCUCAGCCAGGACUCAUCACCAACUCGGGCCUUGUGCUCUUCGGCUCUGAUGGCAAAGCGCUUCAGGUGAAAAGUCUGCAGUUUGAAGAUGGAAAGAUGAUUCCAGCGGCCAAGUACUUCUCGUCAGGAGAAACCAGCAGCGUACAGCUCACUGAUGAGGAGAAGAAAAUGGCAGAGGACAUCAGGGGGAUCUGGAAGGGCAUUCUGAGCAACGUGGCAGUAAUUGAGGACACAACCGACUUCUUUAAGUCUGGAGCUGCAUCUAUGGAUGUGGUCAGACUGGUGGAGGAGAUCAAACAGAAGUGUGGAGGUGUACAGCUGCAGAAUGAGGAUGUCUACAUGGCUACUUCCUUCCAGGAGUUUAUGCAGAUGUUUGUACGCCGUCUGAGAGGAGACGACCAAGAAGAGGAGCUGGUCAUCAGUUACGCAACAAAAGACAUCAAUAACAUGACCCUGAAGAUGCCGUACCAGUGUUUCAUCAAUGGGCAGUUUGAGGAUGCAGAGAAUGGAAAGACUUAUGAGACUAUCAGCCCUACGGAUGGCUCUGUGAUCUGUAAGGUGGCAUUUUCCUCCGUUGCUGAUGUAGACCGAGCAGUAGCUGCAGCUAAAGAUGCGUUCGAGACGGGUCCCUGGGGGAAAAUGAACCCUCGCGACCGUGGAAGGCUGCUUUACAAGCUGGCUGAUCUCAUGGAGGAGCAUCAGGAGGAGUUGGCUACUAUCGAGGCUAUUGACUCAGGUGCUGUGUACACACUUGCCCUAAAGACACACGUGGGCAUGUCCAUUCAAACCUUCAGAUACUUCGCUGGCUGGUGUGACAAGAUCCAUGGCACAACAAUACCAAUCAACCAGGCCCGACCCAACCGUAACCUGACCUUCACUAAGAAAGAACCUAUAGGGGUGUGUGCCAUUGUGAUUCCAUGGAAUUACCCUCUAAUGAUGCUGGCUUGGAAGAGCGCAGCUUGUUUGGCAGCUGGAAACACACUUGUUUUAAAACCUGCACAGGUGACUCCACUGACAGCGUUGAAGUUUGCUGAGCUAGCUGCUAAAGCAGGCAUUCCUAAAGGCGUCAUCAAUAUCAUACCAGGAUCAGGUGGUAUGGUUGGACAGAGGUUGUCUGAUCACCCUGAUAUCCGUAAGCUGGGCUUCACUGGAUCCACCCCCAUUGGCAAGCAAAUUAUGAAAAGCUGUGCAGUCAGUAACUUGAAGAAGGUCUCCCUGGAGCUGGGUGGCAAAUCCCCUCUUAUUAUCUUUAGCGACUGUGACCUUGACAAGGCUGUGAGGAUGGGUAUGAGCUCUGUGUUCUUCAACAAGGGAGAGAACUGCAUUGCUGCAGGCAGACUGUUUGUUGAAGAGUCUAUUCAUGAUGAGUUCAUCCAUCGAGUGGUGGAGGAAAUUAAAAAAAUGAAGAUUGGAGAUCCUCUGGAUCGCUCUACAGAUCACGGCCCUCAGAACCACAAGGCCCACCUCGACAAGUUGCUGGAGUACUGUGAGAUCGGUGUGAAGGAGGGUGCCACUCUCGUGUACGGGGGAAAACAGGUGGACAGACCUGGAUUUUUCAUGGAGCCGACAGUCUUCACGGACGUAGAGGAUCACAUGUUCAUGGCUAAAGAGGAAUCGUUUGGCCCCGUCAUGGUGGUGUCAAAAUUUAAGGAUGGUGAUGUAGAUGGAGUAUUAAGCAGAGCCAAUGACACAGAGUUUGGUCUAGCGUCUGGAGUCUUUACGCGCGACAUCAACAAAGCCAUGUACGUAAGCGAGAGGCUGGAAGCUGGAACCGUGUUCGUCAACACCUACAACAAGACGGACGUGGCCACGCCGUUCGGAGGAUUCAAGCAGUCUGGCUUUGGAAAGGAUCUCGGUGAGGAAGCUCUUCAUGAAUAUCUCAGAACCAAAGCUGUGACAGUGGAAUACUAAGAGAAAACAUUACCUGCUGGACUUCGUGCUGAAUCACCAGGCAGCGGAUGGGACAGCAAAUCUCAUGCUUAUUCUACCAUCUCGUUUGGGUUUUGGAUUGACAAGGGCUUUUUUUUGUUGUUUUUUUAAAGCCCUCUCUGUCACAACAAUAUUUGUGCCUACAAUUUCUUUCAAAUUUCUUAAGGAAAAUGCCAAAUCAGCUCAGUAUGCCACAAAUGGCUCCAAGGAUGUAGAAAUAGCAGCUUGGGAAAAGCGUGGAUCAGUAUGGCUUCACAAUGAUGUAGUUUAUCAGACGACACUGCCAGUAUCCAGGUGAUUUAUCAUCAGAAGAACAAUACACUUAUUUUAUUUAUUUUAUUUUGGAAGAUUCUGGUUCCUUACGUAAAUCCACACACAGUAUCUGGUGUUUAUUUAACGUAUUUUGUCUUAAGAAAUCCAAAACCUAUUUUAAGUCACUAUCACUAUUUAAAAUGAAAUAUUUCUACCUCACUGAGGUAGGCUCUUAAUAAACAUGCCACCUCCGGAAAUCCUGUUUUAAAUUAAUCUACAUGUAAAUAUUUUAUAGAGAAAGAAACAAAUGAUCCUUCUUUAUAUUUAUUACUUUGCAUUCCAGACAGGAAGUACAUCAUGUUUUGAAUCUGUAAAUGUGAUGGUCUGAAAACAAAAAAAGGAUUCGGAGAGGUGUAUAUGAAAGAGUUUGGAACUUUUUUUUCAAUGCUUUAUCAGGCAUCCAUCUGUUUGGACUGGACUUAUUGGAAACAGAUUAAAUCCAGUUCUUUACCAGAAAACAUUUUCUAUGAAGUGUUCCAUGGACACCAUUUUACUUGACUCUGUUAUAGUCUUAAAGGAAAACUCCACCCUUAUAUAAUAAUAUUCAUAACUAACAUGAUCUUUAAAGGAUUUCUUUAGUAAUGAAAUGCUGAAUUAACUCUUUUUUUUGGUCUGUUUUCAUUUUCCUACAUUACCCACAAUGGCGGUUGACAACACACCAGCUUCCACAGGUUCAACUGUCGUGCUAGUCAUCUCAACGAUCACUAACUAGCCAAGCCAAGUCUCAACUUCAUCAUAACUCACUGCUUUAUUUAGAAGCAUUACACUCUGAGACCGAUGUUUGCACCAAGAUCUCCACUACUUGUGUUUAAUUUCCAAUUAGUAUGACUCAAUGGAAAAUGGUGAAUGAGGAAAGAUUAUGGCUCUUGUUUAUUGUUUUUAAGAGCUAACAUCAAAACCGGAUUAUUAUGAUUUAUAUUAGAGACCCUCCCAUCAAGCUCAGUUGUACCUGUGUAAAGAAAUAUCAUUUUGAUAUAAAGAUAUUUAAUGUGUUUCAGGGUGGUGUUUUCCUUUUUGACAUUGUUAAGACAUGUCUUACAUAAACUGCCAGUAUUUCAACAGAAUGUCAACAGCAACUUUGCAAAUGAAAAUCUUCUGUACGAGCUGUGCAUUAUCUGAGAAAGACAGUAUUUAUAUUGCCAAGCAGCUACUGUAAAGCAACAGUGUUAAAUCCUAUCAACAAUAAACUGAAUAUGGAUCAUC